GAAAAAUGCACGGUGGCUCCAACUCCUUGACCGACGACGAUCACGACGGCGACGGCGGGCCCACACUCUACUCAUCCUUUUCUUCUGUACUUUACACCUCGACGGCGCGGGCGGCGUGAAUUGCGCUUUCCAUCAUGUCUUCAACGUCAUCAACCUAUUCAUCGACCCCUGAAUCCGAAUCGCCCGGCGCCUCCUCGACGGCGACGUCCAUGUCCGAUUCCUUUUCUUCUUCUCCAUCGGACACGUCGACCUCGAUGGACUCGACAACGUCUGCAUCUUCCUUUGACACGACUUCGUCAACCUCGUACGACCCUUCCACGUCCGCGGACCCUUCAUCAUCAUCCUCGAUAUCUGCACCCCCGACAUCCACCACUUCCUCCACGUUUUCCGAAUCCACGACUGCCUCCGCGCCCCCGUCCACGACCACACAAUCAGACUCGACUUCGCAGCCUCCCGAUACGACCACCUCGAACCCUCCCUCCUCGUCCACGACUCAAGAUAGCACGACCACCACCGACCCUCCUUCGAGUUCCACCACAGCCUCUCAGCCCCCCAACUCAGAGACCUCGACCACCGAAAAUACAUCCCGCUCCUCCACCGGGGACGCCUCGCCGACAUCUCGCACCGAGACCUCUUCAGAGGCACCCGUGACCACCGUCAUUCAGACGACCAUUGUCCAGGCCUCCAAUGGCGAGCUACACACGUCCCUCGCCACUAUCACCUCUACUGCGGACACCGCCCUCGGCACGGGCAGUGGUUCCUCAGGGUCCAGCUCCAAUGGCUCUGGCGGCAGCAAAAGUCAUACCGGCGCCAUCGUCGGCGGUGUCGUUGGUGGAGUUGUCGGUCUAGCUUUGCUGGGGCUCCUUGGUCUAUGGGCCUUCAGGCGCUACAGGAAGCAGAAGCGUCUCGAAGACUUCUUCGACGGCAAUUUCGACCCCGAUCGGGUUGUUGCGGGCGGUACGGAGAAGAAAAAGGGUCGCAAAGGUCCUGGGGGAACGCUACCCGACGUACAGUUGGAUGAAGAGGAGGCGGGAGGCGCGCGCCUUGGAGGUGCGACGAUGACGGAUAAUGGCGCAGGCGUGGUGACGCCCUACGCUUACACGUCGGAACCCCAAGGAUCGCAGUACGGGACGAGCUCAGACCACUCGGGUGCGGCUUUGAUCGGUGGAGCUGCACGUUCUCACUCCUCCGCGAGCGGUGGUAGUCAGGACUACAACCGGCAGUCGGUCCCCUUUGCGCUGCAGCCAGGUCAUCAGCCUGGCGCGCCGGGCUUCCCGCAGCCUGAGGUCGCUGGCGCGACGGGCGUUGCGUACUCCACGAACGAUCACAGCGCGCAUCCCGCCAGCGAGGCUGGCCGGUCGAGCUCGAGCGGUGGUGUUUGGGGUGCACACGCGCCUGCUCGUCGUAUGAGCGCUGGCGGCGCGUCGGGCUACGCUGGCCCGGGCUACAUUAUGAGUAACAAAGAGCGGGAGAGGCUUUCGGUAGCGAAUCCGGGCCCUUCGGACGUGUUCGUGCACCAGGAUGCGGGCGAGGUCACGUCUGGCGAGAUCCCGCCGACGUACGACAGCAUCAGGAGGGACUGAACUGAGACGCUUUACGAUGACGAACGACACCACCACGGAUGGGACUCUCCUUCUUGUACUUGGUAUUCGCGAGGUACCUGCAGAGGGUAUACUCGCCCCUCUAUGCUUUCCUUGGGCCUGCACACUUGCUGGCCUACAUUGACGGCGGCCUUCCUUCGUUGAAGGACCCCCAUUACCACCGAGACGAUUACUCACGAUCUAUCAUAUUGUACCGAUAGAUAUCCCUUUGUAUAAUACCAUGUAAUUUUCGCUCGCUCCCAAAAUCACAUAUACACUCGCGAGCUCUCUGC